CCUCCCUCGCGGGGCGGACAAUAGCGCGCUGGCGCACCUCCACGCGCACACAUUCGCAGAGCGGAGUGUGAGCUCGGUGAAGACGCAGCGUCCUCCUCACAGGAAACUUUUCACCUCGGAGACGCUUUCGGGAGCCAGCGCUCGGCGGAACACGGCCUCUUCUCGGCUGCCCGCGGCGGAGGAGUAAACUGUCCACGUUUUCUUCAAAUGGGAAGUACAUGCGCGCGUAAAACUUUGGCUCAGUUUUCCCCUCAGUGAGUGUCAGACCCGCUUCCCUCGAAACAUGCCGGAGCGAAUCAGCAUUUCGGACUUCGUGGUCCUCACAAACGAGGAUAUGUCUUCUCCCGGGACGUCAAGCUUUCAGUCCAAAAUGAGCGACUGUCGGAACACAGUAUCGGCCGUGGAGGAGUCUCUGGAGACGGACCUCACAACCCUACAAAGGAUGAAGAAGAUGAUCAAAACUAUACACACUUCUGGACUCGCCCACGUGGACAACAAGGAGCAGUAUAUUGAGGUGCUGGAGAACUUGGGGAAUAGCCAUCUGACGCAGGACAACAAUGAAGUCUCCACAGGCUUCCUCAACCUGGCUGUGUUCACCAGAGAGGUCACGGCUCUCUUCAAGAAUCUGGUGCAAAACCUCAACAACAUCAUGGCGUUUCCUUUGGAAAAUGUGCUGAAGUCAGAAAUCCGGGACAGCAGACUUGAACUCAAGAAACAGAUGGAGAAGAGCUGGAAGGAGUACGACAUAAAAAUAGGGAAGCUAGAGAAGGAGAGGAAGGAGAAGGGCCGGCAGCUGGGGCUGAUCAGGACUGAGGGAUCCGACGGAGGGGAGGACAUGGAGAGAGAGAGAAGGGCCUUUCAGCUGCAAAUGUGUGAGUAUCUUUUGAAGAUCCAGGAGCUCAAGGUGCGUCAGGGCCCUGAUCUUCUCCAGAGCCUCAUCAAAUAUUUCCAGGCCCAGCUCAGUUUCUUCCAGGACGGGCUGAAAGCUGCGGAGAAUCUCGCUCCCUUCAUUGAGAAGCUGGCCGCAUCCGUUCACACGGUGCGUCUGGACCAGGACGAGGAGGUGAAACAACUCACUCAGUUGAGGGAUUCGCUCAGAUUGCUCCUGCAAGUGGAGGGAAAAGAGGAGUAUCUGAACAGGAAGAACUCUGGCAAUGGGUACAGCAUCCACCAACCACAGGGCAACAAGAAGUAUGGUACGGAGAAAUCUGGCUUCCUGCUCAAGAAGAGUGAUGGGAUCAGGAAGGUGUGGCAGAAGAGGAAGUGUGGAGUGAAAUUUGGCUGCUUGACAAUUUCCCACAGCACGAUCAAUCGACCACCGGCCAAGUUGAACCUCCUGACCUGUCAGGUGCGACCGAACCCCGAGGACAGGAGGACCUUUGACCUGGUCACCCAUAAUCGGACGUACCAUUUCCAGGCAGAAGACGAGCAGGAAUGUGUGAUUUGGGUGUCAGUGCUGCAGAACAGUAAGGAGGAGGCCCUUAACACGGCGUUGGGAGGAGAUCAGCUCCACCUCCAGGACAGCGGGCUCCAAGAACUCGCCCGAGCCAUCAUCGCUGAGCUUCGACACAUGCCAGGCAACGAGGCCUGCGCCGACUGUGGAGCUCCAGAUCCAACAUGGCUGUCGACCAACCUGGGAAUUCUGACCUGUAUAGAGUGCUCUGGCAUCCACAGAGAGUUGGGUGUCCACUACUCCAGGAUCCAGUCACUCACCCUGGACCUUCUGAGCACUUCUGAGCUUCUGUUGGCUGUCAGUAUUGGAAACACCAGAUUCAAUGACAUCAUGGAGGCGGGCCUUCCAAAUGAUUCUGUCAAACCAUUGCCACAAAGCGACAUGAAUGCCAGGAAGGAGUACAUUGUGGCAAAGUACGCUGAGCGCCGGUAUGUCAUGCGUAGAGAAGAAGCAGAUCCCGGCCGGCUUUACGACGCUGUGAAGAGUCGUGACCUCACCUCUCUACUACAGAUCUACGCCGAGGGAGCUGACCUGACUAAGCCGCUCAUGCUGCCUGAUGGACAGGGCAUCAAGGAGACAGCUCUCCACCUCGCUGUGCGUCUGGAGGAAAGGAGCUCUCUGGCGCUGGUUGAUUUCCUCUGCCAGAACAGCAACUCUCUGGAGAAGAGAACAGCAGAAGGAAACACAGCUCUUCACUACAGCGUCCUGCAUCACAAGCCAGAGUCUCUCAAGUUACUGCUCAAAGCAAAGGCAGCCCUACACACAGUGAACUCCUCAGGAGAGACAGCCCUUGAUGUUGCACGGAAGCUGCAGCACGCGCAAUGUGUUGAACUGUUGGAGCUGGCCCAGAGUGGGAAGUUUAACUCACAGAUCCACGUGGAGUUCAUGUGGGAGACACAGUCCCAGGAGUUUUAUGACAGUGAGGAUGACCUAGAUGAGAGGGUGAGCCCAUUGCCCAAAAACCGUUCUCCUUUGUCCUCAAAUGGAGGUGGGGCCUUUGCCCGCUGGAGUGUGGCUGGUGGUGCCAAUGGGGGUGUGGGGAGCAGACCUUGUCAAACCUAUGAGAAUCUAGACUUCCUAUACAGAAAUCCUCCAGCCAACAGCGCCCCCUCUGGAGCAUCAGCACCACCACCUCCACUGCCAGCUAAAUGCAUCCAGAGAGGUCGCUCUGACCCUCAGAUUUCGGUCACAACACAGGAGGGCAACCCUAUUCCACGACGCUGCUCUAACCCGGCCUCACACUCCUCCAGUCCCCAGACACGUGCCAGACAUAGCUCUCCUUCAGCCAUCACAGAAAACCAAGGCCAGGUGGGAAAACCACCAAGGUCUCCACAUGGACAAGGAGGUCUUUUCAGGGGACAGAAGCAGAGCUGGGAGGGCCAGUCUAGUGCUAGCUCUGGCUCUCAAAGCAGUGUCGCGUCAGCAUCCUCUCAGAACCACAUAGGACCCGUCAGUUCAGAGAAGACCACAUCAUAUCGUCGGACCAGCAGUGGAGGAGGCAGCCAGGGGAAGUGUGGUGUGAUGUCUCCGAGCUGUGUGGGCAGCCAGGAGGAGCUGUACUGCAGCUUAGUGGGGAAUAGUCCAACCCUCACCCUAGCUUCCCCUCCAGCGCCAGCACGGUCAUCCUCACCUACUGUAACCUGUGCCCCACGACCCCGCAGGAACGCAAUGGUUUCUGGCAGCAGGCCACAUCAGAAGCGUGUCAAGGCUUUAGUGGACUGCAGAGCAGUCAGUUCAGAGCAUCUCGCCUUUUUCAAAGAUGAGAUCAUUGUGGUCACGGCCACUCAUGACCCCCACUGGUGGGUUGGCCACAUAGAGGGGGACCCUAGCAGGAGUGGCACUUUUCCUGUCAACUAUGUACAUAAACUGACAGACUGAGGAGACAUGGAAGCAUGAAAGUACUGUAAAGUAACAUCUAGAGGAACUGAACCAAGAUGGGAUACUUACUGGAAAUUUACAGUGGAUUUUAUCAACAGGAGAGGACAGUGUUGUUCUCCUGGAUCUAACUCAAACUUGAGGGUUUGAGCAAACAGAGAAUAUUUCCACAUGAGGAUAUACUAGCCAGACGAUGCCGGUGGAUAUAAAUGGUGCUGUUGUAGGGAUUUAUACCUUUAACAUGUACUCGUCAUGGAAACCAACAAGGGAACUGAAGGCUUUCACAGGCCCAUAAAGCAUCUCAAUCCAAGGACAAUAUUUUCUCUCCUGUUGGUCUGUCCUUGGUUUUUUUAACUGCAUCAUGUUUCUCCACUUGACUCAACUCAUAAACCACUAUUAAUAGGUACAAAUGCAUUUGUGGUUGUGGUGGAAACUGCUCUAAUAUCCAAUAUCUAACCAUUUAAUGAUUGCAAAUGUUUAAGUUGUCCAUACUGAUCUAGGAUCUGUACCUAGAGGUGAAACUUACCUGCAGGGCGAAACCCUCUAAGGCACUUUAAACUUAUUGAGAAAUCUUCUCAGAGCUGUAAAUGUGUACCGAGCCAGGAUGGAGCUGCUCUUUGUUCUGAACGAAAGCUGUCUAGUCUUUUUCUUUUAAAUCACAGCAUACUGUGGACUUGGACUUGAGGUUCAAACCUGCCCAGUGUCUGUUGCAGCCUGCCCUGGGACUCCCGAAGUGGCUCUGUGCCUGCCAGUCUGUCUCCAACAAAGCGGCAGGCGUCUGGGCCACAGGAGGAGAGAUGUGAAACUUCAGCUCAGCCAUCUUGGCUGUAGGCACAGCUCACUGGCUGCAAGGAGAGUGGAGGCUCUAGUUUCUUUUGGCUCCAGGCAUCUGUCUCUGGAGAACCUGGAAAAACAACGGUGUAUUAUAGAAGACGAAGGAGAAGAAAAAAAAAAAAGACUUCGUUCUGCAAGGAAAUGGCACUUAAAAGGAGAGCUUGGUGAUAACGGCACCUCACUGCAGUAAUUUGUUCAGUGAACACACACUUAUAUUGUGGACACGUGUGUAUUACCAGAUAGACACAAGCACACUUGCACUUACUAAACACACAGUAGCAUCCAGGAUGUGGGAUCGUUUAGGGAAGAGAGGAGAGCUGGGAGAUGGAGAGGUGUGACUGCUCCACUUUUUAUACUAUUAACACAUUUCACAGCUAUUACACACAAUUUGUUGUACAUAAUUGUCUCAAAAUGUCCACUGAUGUACUGUAUAUAUAUCACCUGUUUUCUCAUCUGCAUUAUAAAAGGACUGUAUCAUUAUAUAGUGUUACUUCACGUUGGCAGUUUGUUGUGAUUAGAUGUCUUGUUUCCUCUCUUCUUGUUCAUUUGUUUAAACGGCUGUCAGAGUAAAAAGAAGGUUGCAUAAUCAGUGUUCAAAGAGGUUCACUUCUCGCUGCGCUGAAAACAAACAACAGUGACAGAGGCAGACACAGGCAGGAAGCAGGUGUUCGCUUCCUUUUAAAAUCACUCCUGACUUGAAACAAAUUGACGAGGAGUCUGUCUCUGCUCAUGUUGCACCAUUUGUGACUAAGCAAACUAAUUGCGAGACAUAUGUUGUCGGGUAAUUGUGGAGCAGUAAACGACUGUAAACAGAGGCUCAAAUGUAAACAGGUGAAUUAACUUGUCAGUAUACCUGUAACAUACACAUGAAAAAAGUGUUUAAUAAAGUGCCGUUAAGUUUUUUUUUU